AUAUUUGGUCACGUGACGAAAAACCAACAUGGCUAGACGGGCGAGUAUCCUAAAGGGACAAGAGGAGUAACUGUACACAAACAGUAUUACAAAAGUGUGUUGAUGGUGCUAAGUGUUUGAUCCUUUCUACAGGAUCACAGAGAAUAUCAUAGUUGGUAGUAAAAUAAAAUGUUCAAGUUCGUGCCAGGUUCGAGAAUUUUGGGAACUGUCACCCACGUGGAUUUUGACGCAGGAUUGUGUUUGGGGUACUGCCAGUUGUGUGAGCAAAGUGUGGUCGAUGAACUUGCAGAAGCUAUUCAGAUCAAUGUUAAAAAUGGCAAAGUGACUGAAAAUAGCUGGUCGGAGGAUGAAAUUGUUUUAGCGUUAUUUCACGAGGAUAGUAAUUGGUACAGAGGCAGAGUUGUAGGGAAAGGCGCCAAUGGUUUGUCCAUCUUUUUUGUUGACUAUGGAAACACAGAGACAGUUAGUGCUGAAGACAUCAGGAAACUCCCCAGCCUGCUGAAGCACAUUGAACCAUUAGCAACAAAGUGCAUUUUUGUUGAAUUGACUCCAGCCAGGGGUCAAUGGACCCCAGAGGAGGAGCAAGGAGUGAAAGAUAAAGUUUUUAGUGAAGAAUUCAUUGUAGAAGUUGUGAAUAAAUCACAGUCAGGUUUGUCUGUGAAAUUGCACAGUCCUUCAGCCACAACAAGUGUGUCAACUAUCUCAUUAAGGAUGCAAAAUGUCGAUCUAAAUUCUAGUCAUCAGUGCUACAUCUCGUAUAUUGAAAGUGCAAAUAAAUUUUGGGUACAACUCAAAGAGAAAGAAAAUGAAUUAAAUGAUUUGAUGAGUCAGAUAGCUGAUCAUUGUUCCACUGGGGCUGAAACGUUGGGCAAUCCACAAAUGGGAGCCUAUUGUCUGACCUUUUAUAGUGAGGAUAAAGCACCCUACAGGUCACAGAUCCUCACCAGCACAUCCGGAAAAUGUUUGGUGCAGUUUGUAGACUUUGGAAAUUCAGAGUCAAAAUCACAGAGUGACUUAAUGAAACUUCCUUCAGAGUUUGUAGAUUUUCCAGUCCAAGGCAUUCGAUGUUGUUACAAGACCACAAAAAUUAACCCAAGUAAAUUGGAGGACAUGCUACAAGAAGUCUCUGAUUCUGAUGAAGGAGUGAAGGUCAAAUUUCUGAGGAAAAGUAAUGAUGAAUAUGUGGUGCAAAUCGAUGAGAUAGAAACAAUGGAAGGGUCUACUGGCUUAAACAGUUCUCAGACUGGAGAAUCCCAACAUGAGUACCCUAUUAUGUCACUUACGGCAAAUCAGACGUGCGACGUAUGCAUUUGCUAUGUGGAGCAUCCUGGUCAUUUUUUUGCGCAGCUGCUCAGUAGCUCAGAUACCGUGAAUGAGUUGAUGGACAUGGCAGAGGAGGAGUUUAUUACAAAUAAGCCAAUUUCAAAACCCGCACUUAGACUUUCAUGUUUGGCCAAGAUGAGUGACGGUAGUGUGUACAGGAGUUCUGUGGAGUCCACUGGAACUUCGGUCAGAGUGACAUCGGUGGACUUUGGGUUUACAGAAACUGUAGAUCCUCAGAACCUCCGGGAGAUUUCAGAAAAAUUGAUGUCCAUUCCAGCUCAAUGUGUUCAGUGCACGGUGGAUCUCACCAAGAUGUCGUCCAAUCACUGGUCCGAGGGGGAGAUAAAACUUCUGCAAGGAUUUGAAAACAAUGUACCCUUGGUAUCCAUGGUGACUUCAACCAGAGGUGGUGUGUACCAGUUAGACUUGUACGACACGAGAGACAAGGACAUCGAUCGUUAUCUCAAUGAGGAGUUGCUAGGGGUCAAAAAGCAAGGCAAAACUGUUUCCUCGUACAAGGAGUCAGCCAGACGUCCACUUGUCGUCCGGCGGAUACAGAUACCACACCCGGACAUCAUUGUGGGCAGCACGGAGGUGGUGUGUGUCACUGCUGUCCACUCCCCAAACCAGUUCUAUGGACAAUUGACUAAAAUUCCCAUCGACAAGUUCGCAUCUCUUCAGGAGACUCUGAUGAAGGUGUAUGAAAUGGGGCAAGACGUUGUUGUUGAUGGCGAAGUGGGGACAUUCUGCUGUGCCAAGUAUACAGACGGGUCUUGGUAUCGAGCUCUUAUUACCGCGGUAACCGGAAGUUCCGCCGAGGUCAUGUUUAUUGAUUUUGGCGAUUCAUGCACAGUUCCCUUGACAUCACUGUAUCAGAUACAUCCCAGCAUCGCUGACACGCCACAACUUUGUAUUAUGUGCCAAUUCCAAAAACAGCCAGUAAACGUCAGUUUAUCAGAUUUGCAGACUCUCCUGGUGGAUAAAGUGGUGGAGGUUAAACUCGUCACCAAAACAGAUGGAAUAUUUCCCACUUUCCAGGUGGAAUUGACCAAUCAUUCAAAGAACAGGAAUAUCACGACUAAGCUGUUUGGAAACCAGCACAAGAUUCCUCGACUACCACAAGUAGCCUACCAAAGUGGAAAUGCUGGUGAGAAGAAAGGGAUGGUUGGCAUUGGGGACAUGGAGGAGAUAAUGGUCACUCAUGUGGUGGACCCCGAACACUUCCACUGUCAACUCAGCAAGACGGCCACCCAACUGGACGCUCUUAUGGACAGUCUGGACAAACACUACUCUGUUCUGGCAGAGGAAGAGGAACAAUUGUUAAAUGUGACCCUUGGUCAGCACUGUGUGGCCAAAUAUAGUGCUGACCAGGACUGGUAUCGAGCGCAGAUCACAGGCAUGUUGAACAAUGGCAUGGUUGAGUUGAGGUACAUUGACUAUGGUAACACAGAGUGUUCAGCUAAGGAGAAUCUGAAGCAGAUAAGUGAUGAGCUCAUGACCCUCCCUCCCCAGGCUAUCUAUUGUGGACUGGAAGGUGUGGUCUCCACCACUGGAUUCUGGCUGCCAGAGAAAGUUGUUCAGUUUGAAGACCUGGUUCUAGACAAGACGUUCAAGGCUACGUUCAAGUCUCGGAAGGCUGGAGAGGAUUUGUUAUUAUGUGUUUUGGAAUCGGAAACAGGCACCAGUAUCAACAGAAUGUAUGAUGCAAACACCAGCCCUGUGCAGACAGCGACUAACAACACAAAUAACAAUUGUUUCCAACAGAGGGGACAAUUUGGAGACAGAUCAUCAGGUGGAAGAUAUGAUAACUCAAAACCCAGUUUUCACGGAGGAUCUGAAGGUAGACCGAGUUUUGGUGGUAGGAACCAAUCUGGAUUCAGCAGCUCAGCUGGUGGUAACUCGGGAUUCGGCAAGUCUUCAGAAGGUGAUGGUUGGGAUGAGACCCCUUCAACUGGUUCGUCCGGCUUUGGAGGUGGAGGCAGAGGAGGGUUUGGUGGAUCUGGUGGCUCCUCUUUUGGGGGAGGUGGAGGAAGAUUUGGAGGUUCCUCCAGAGGUGGGGGAGAAUUUGGAGGUUCCUCUCGAGGUGGUGGAAGGUUUGGGGGUUCCGAUGGAGGUGGAAGGGGAUGUAGAAAAUGUGGAGAGGAGGGGCAUUUUGCAAGGGAUUGCCCACAAGGAGGAUCAAGUGGAGGAGGUGGAAGAACCUGCCACAGAUGUGGACAGGAGGGCCAUUUCAUCAGAGAUUGCCCUCAAGCUGAUAGUGGAGGUGGAAGAGACCGAGGCUGCAGAAAGUGUGGAGAAGAGGGCCAUUUUGCUCGAGAUUGCCCUAAGGGUGGAGGAAGUGGAAGAGGCUGUCAUAAAUGUGGAGAGGAGGGCCAUUUUGCCAGGGAUUGUACAUCAACAAACCAAAGAAGUGACAGAGGAUUUGGGGGCCGUGGUGGUAGUUUUGGGGGUCGUGGUGGCCUCAGCGGGUCAAGGGGUGGAUUUGGUGGGAAGUCGGAACGAACAUCUAGUGGUUUUGGUGGCAGUUUUUCAACGACGUCUGUUGAUGAAGACUGGGGAGAUUCUCCUUCAGAUGACAAAACCAAAAGUAUGUCGGCAGCAUUUGGUUCCAGGUCUGAUAGAAAACCAAGUAGUGGAUUUCAGACCAAGAGUAGUGGUAAAGAUUUUGGUACCAGCAAAGAGGAUGACUGGGAUGAUGUUGCUUCUACCGGUACAGACAAGUCCCCGGGGUGGAGUGCCACACCAAAGACGAAAGGCGGGAGUGAGUGGGAACACACAGAUAAUAAUGUGUACAGACACGCAAGACUACCGUCCGACAAAACUGUCAAAGUGUAUGUUGUUUACAUCAAGUCUCCAACUGAAUUUUGGUGUCAAACCAUUAGCAAGUCUGAGGAAUUAGAAGAAAUGAUGGAAAAAAUGAAUGAAGAGUACGGCAGUUUGUUCCCAAAGGAAAGGUGCAUUCACGAAUAUGAAAUCGGAACACCCUGCAUUGCCAAGUUCUCAGAUGAUGACAGAUGGUAUAGAGGGGAGAUCUCAAAAGUGGAAGAUGACAAAGUUGGAGUGCUGUUUGUGGAUUACGGAAAUACUGAGACUGUGGAAAAGUCUGCCCUUAAGGCAGCUAAUGCUAAUUACAUGAGUCUGGAGGUCCAGGGAGUUAAAUGUUCACUUAAUGGAGUGGUCAAAGAGGACUGGUCAACUGAGGCAGUAGGAAAGUUUGAAGAAAUGGUCAUGGACAAAGAGCUGCAGGCGACCGUGGUCAACUUCUCAGGUGGUCUGUACCUGUUGAAGCUUACAGAGAAUGGGGAGGAUGUGGCACAGAGCUUAGCGGAUGCUGGACUAUGUAAGAUGUCGUCUGCUCCCACUGUCACAAAGCUAGCAGAAAAUCCCUACUCCAAGUUACCGCAGCAAGAAGGAAGUAAUGUGUCUGCUUUCGUGUCGUGGAUUGAGAAUCCUCAUAACUUCUGGAUCCAACCCAAGGAGAUGUCGGGGAAAUUGGAACAGUUGGUAGCAGAGAUACAAGAACACUAUGAAGCAGGGGGCAGUAAAGUAGACAGUGUUAACCCUGGAGACCCUGUUGUUACCAAAUUUACUGAAGAUGAUGCGUGGUACAGAGCUUAUGUAGAGAAUAUAGAGGGGUCAGACGUCACUGUUAGGUUUGUGGACUAUGGAAAUACAGACACCAUCACUAAAGACAUGGUGUUUCAGGUAGCAGAAAACUUUCGAAAGGUCCCUGGGCAGUCCCUGAGGUGCAGUCUCAUGGGUGUGAAACCUCUACAAAGUGGAUGGUCAGAAGAUGCCAAGGAGAUCAUGCAGAGUUUGAUCCCUGAGACUGUUAACGUAAAUUUUGUGGGGGGAAAUCCUGAUGGUACCUGGGUAGUCUCCCUUUCUGUUGGUGAAGUGGAUGUGGCAGAGGAGUUGAUCGGAGCAGCAGUAGCUAGAAAGGCGAUAUCCACCGUCUCAGAUUCAUCGACCUCGGUAGUAGCAUUAGGUUUCCCACCACAGGCUGCUCUCCCUGUAGGCAGUUCCCACCAAGUAUUUGUUUCUCAUGUCCACUCUCCCACCAGCUUCUACUGUCAGCUAGCUCAGAAGUCGGAUCAACUGGAUGAACUGAUGGGAAAAAUAGAAGAACAGGCUGCCUCCUUUACCCCGGUCAGCAGUUUAACUGAGGGCAUGACGUGCAUGGCUAAGUACAGUUCCGAUGAGGCAUGGUACCGAUCACUGGUCACCCAUGUAGCAGAAAACAAGGCAGACAUCUUAUUUGUUGAUUAUGGGAAUUCAGAAUCUUCCUCUAAGGAGAAUAUUUGUAAUAUUCCACCAGAAUUACUCCAAAUUGAACCACAAGCCAUACACUGCAAGUUGUCCAACACAAAUGGUGUUGGAGAUGAUUUAGAAGACCAGCUGGCAGACAAAGAAAUGACUCUGACGGUUCUUCACCACUCUCCCACUUGUCUGACGGUAGACUUGUUUUUUGAUGAUGGAAAACCGUUGACAGAAGCAGGAAGUGUUGUACAAGAAAGCAGUCCCCAAGAACCUCUGAUGUAUCAACAUACCAGUUAUGCAGAGCCAGCUGGAACUCAGUUCAGAGGUUAUGCUACCUAUAUAAAAUCGCCUGACAAGCUCUACCUUCAGAAGGAAGGAUGUGAAGGUUUGCUGGAGACCAUGACAGCAAAUUUACAACAAAAGAUGGGUGGGUCUUCCGUCCUAGCCAAUCCAAAGUCUGGUCAGAUCUGUGGAACUGUUUUCUCUGAAGAUAAAGCCUGGUACCGAGGGGUCAUAGAGGAGAUCGAUGCCGGGAAAGCCAGAGUGAGGUUCAUUGAUUACGGAAACAAUGAGGAGGUAGAAACAAAUUCCCUGAAAAUCCUGCCGUCAGAGUUGGCCUCGAUUCCACCAUUUGCCUAUCCAUGCUCUCUGCAUGGAGUUUCUCCUUUAGAAGGCGACUGGAGUUCAGAGGUCACAACCCAGCUGGAGGCGCUUAUUGUAGAUAAAGAUCUGACCUGCACCUUUAUGACAGGGUCGGAGGUGAAACUAGAAGUGGAGAGUAAAGAUGUAGGUCAAUCUCUAAAAGAUGCAGGUUUAGCAAAGUACGAGGAGAGCUCAAAUAUUCCAGUGUUGCCAGUCAAGGUGACCAGUAUAGAAGAGCAAGCAGUUCCCACUGAGCAGACGACAGCUUAUGUAAGCAAUUGUGACAAGGACGUAUUCUAUCUACAACUGUCCAGUCAGGAGGAGGAACUUGGAGAAAUCAUUGAGAAAGUCCAGAUUCAUUGUGGCAAUUCCAGUCCAUUGGGUGAUAUUGCUGUUAACAAUUACUGCUGUGCCAAAUUUACCACAGACGACUCCUGGUAUAGGGCGCGUGUCAAAAAUACUACAGGGGAAAUGGUGGAUGUUCUAUUUAUAGACUUUGGAAAUUCUGACACGGUCUCUAAAGAUAACCUGCGUUGUCUUGGGAUUACAACUUCAGCUCUGGCUUACCCCUGUUGUUUGACUGGAUGUACAACCAUGUCGACACGGCAACUGGAACGUUUCUCCGAGCUGACAACAGAUGCUGAGGUGAUGGUGACGUUUGACAAGCAGACAGCAGACAGAAACGAAGUAACCUUAGUGAUAGCAGAUGAUCAAAAUGUAAACAAAGAGAUCAUGCAGUUAGGUGAAAGUGAACCAGAGCUAACCAGUCACUCUGCUGAAGAAAUGCUAGAUAAAGAUUCCCAGUCUGUGUUGAUGGAAGAGUCCCACAUCACCCUGGACAAGACUGGCUUCUCCGAGACUGAUCUUAAUGUCACUACUAAUGGAGCAGGUGAUCUGUCUGAGGAGGAGGAUACAAUCUCCAGCUUGAAUGAUCUGAAGGUCGCUGAGGUCAGUGCAGGGGACAGGGUAGAGGUAUCGGUCAGCUGUGUCUACUCCCCAAGCUGUUUCUACAUCCACCAGGGCAGUAUGACACCGCUCAAUGAUCUCAUGGACCAGAUGUACGAGUUCUACAGCAACACCUCGUCUGGUGCCUACCGACUGGAAAGCGUGGAAAUAAACACUCCAUGUGCUGCCAAGUUCUCUGAAGAUGCCUCGUGGUAUCGAUGUGUCAUUAAGAAACAAGUGGAUAUGGAUAAGGUGGAGGUGAUAUUUCUGGACCACGGUAACAUGGAGGUGUGUGAUAUUGCCGACCUCCGCCGAUUGUUGUGGAGAUUCUGUGAACUCCCUCUGCAGACGGUGGAGUGUUCCCUAGCAGGGGUGAUGUCCAAAGAUGGACCAUGGAGCGAGGAUGCAGUGAUUCUCUUCAACAACCUCACACUUGACAAAACAUUGCUUGCGGAUGUUGUUAGCCUUGGAGAUGAUAACAGUUGUAUAGUACAACUUCUACACUUGGGUCUGUCACUGAGUGAUCGUCUGAUCGAGGAGGGGCAUGGGACGCAGGCGACCACACCCGUCACUGUCAGUCGGAAGGUGAAACGGGUUUUUUCUGACUCCAGUGAUGUAGCUACCCCCUCACUCAAGCUAUCUGAGGAGUGCCCAGCGGUGAUUGAAGAAGAAGGAACCCUUUUGUAUGGAAGGUUUAAACCAGUACCAGUGGAAACUGAUACAGAGUAUAUUGUGACCAUCAGCCACAGUGAAAACUCGGGAAACUUCUGGUGUCAUUUGGUGGACAAUGUCACCACUCUCGGUGAUAUGAUGGAUGAGAUGUUAGAGGAGUUUUCUCCAAGUAACAAAGAAGUUACCAGUCACCAGAAUGACGACAUCUCACAGUUAUCAGAAAAUGGAGACGAGGAACUGUCUGUCCAGAAGGGAGGAAAUAGCUGUGAAAAGACAUUGGGGAAAAAACUAGAGAAAUUUGAACCUGGUACCACAUGCUGUGUCCAUUUCCCAGUUGAUGGACAGUAUUACAGAUCUGUGAUACAAGAAGAAGCGCCAGGCAGGGACAGUGUAAAGGUGUUCUAUGUGGACUUUGGUAACCUGGAGACUGUCACAAAGUGCAAUGUCUAUCAGCUGCCAGACAAAUUCAGUGGAAUGGCUGCUCAAGCUCUAAACUGUCAACUUGCUGGGUUAGCUAGUAUGUUGUGGAGUACAACCUCUAAUGAAAAAUUUACUGAAAUGACAGAGGACAAGGAACUGCUGAUGUAUGUAGUGGAGAAAAUGGAGAAAGAAUUGAACAUUGUUGAUCUGUUUGACGGUGAUACCUCCAUCAGCAGCUGCCUGACAGGCAGGGAGAAUGGGGACCAGGUCACAGACGAGGACCAGUCAAUAGAUCUGGUAUCUCUAUUUAGUCCCUACUCCUGUACUCUGUUGUCACUGGACAUGGAGUAUGACAUCACAGUCACUGCUGUGGAAAGUCCGCUCCGGUUUUGUGUCAGACUAAAGAACUGUAAUGAAGUGAAAAUUCAGGAAGAGAUUACAAAGUAUGUGGAAGGAGAUCUGCAGAAGCUAGUCGAUAUUAAGGAAGGGGAUGCUUGUCUAGUUCUCAGUCCUAAGGAGAACCAGUAUCAGAGGGUGAAAUGCUUGAAAAUUAUCAAUGAAGAGCAAGUACAGGUGCUUUUUGUGGACUCUGGUAAGAAAGAGGUUAUCAAGAUGGACGGCGUAUUUAGUAUACCUGACUUUCUAGUCCAGAUACCAGCCCAGGUGUCAGUUUGUGCCUUAACAGACAUACUCUCCUCCACGGGAACCUGGAGCAAAGAAGCCAGGUUAUUUUUCUCAGAUCGUAUCCAGGAUGUCUCUGUGAUGUAUGUUCGUCACAUGACGGCGGCAGGUCUGUACAAAGUGUCGGUGGAAUGUGAGGGUCAGGAACUGAACCGCCUGAUGGUGGACCUGGGAUACGCUGGAGCUGAACCAGACACCACACUGUUUGAGCAAAUGAUGGAAGGUUCUGACAUACAAGAAACGUCCUUCAAUAAGCUGACCUUAGAAAGAGAGAACUCUUUUGGCAGUGAAGGGGAAGGAGGUGAUGAAAAUGUAGUGAAGUCCCUGAAUUUAGACUCCAGCUUAGAGACAACUGAUGCCUCCAUCUGUAUGUGCCAUGACUCCACUUUAGACACCACAGGAGCCUCGGAUAGCUUCCACUAUAUCAAUGUAAAAAAAGAUGAAGAUGUCAAGGAUGAUGAUGAAUUCUUUGAUGCUGUUGAUGAAGGAAAACAACAAAGUGAAACUCCAACACAGAUUACAUUGAAUGAAUCGAGACCACCAGACACCCCACAGAGAGCAGAUACAGACCCCCCACAGAGAGCAGAUACAGACCCCCCACAGAGAGCAAAUACAGAGGAUGGAAAUCAGUCUGAAAUGGAGUGCCAGGUGGAACCAGUAGAGAACAAAACUGAUGAAGAGAAGGUCGAUUACAACCUGGAGAGGACUGAGGAGGAAGGACAACCACCUGCUGAUUCCGAGAGGAACAAAGGGGAGACAACUGAAGAAAAUGAAUGUCGGGAUGAAGCAGUUCAGAAGGAAAAUGAGGUUGCGGUGAAUGAGAACAGUAAGGGCUUUGCAGGAAAACUGGAUGAAUCUGAAGAGGUUGAUGAUGGUGAGAAGACGGGGAAGGUUGUGGGGGUAGAGUCAGAAAUUGAAAAAAAUAGUUUUUUAGAAAUUGACAAUUCUGUAGAUAUUAGAUGUGAAGAAGACUUGCAGCCGGACAUUUCUUCAGAUGUUCGAUGUAAAGAAGACUUGAGGCCGAGCAAUUCUUCAGAUGUUGGAUAUGAAGAAAACUCUGGGCCGGACAAUUCUUCAGAUGUCAAAUGUGAGGAAAACUCGCAGCCGGGCAAUUCUUCUGAUGUCAAAUGUGAGGAAGACACACAGCCGGACAAUUCUUCAAAUGUCAGAUGUAAGGAAGACUCACAGCCGGACAAUUCUGUAGAUGUGAAAUGCGAGGAAGACUCGCGGCCGGACAACUCUACAGAUAUCAAAUGUGAGGAAGACCAAAGUGCUUUGGAUGUGAAAGAUAAGAGACAUUCAGAGGAAGGUGAAGAGUUUGGCAGGGUUGUAGAGGUGAGAUCAGACAUGCAAGAGACUGAUUCUCUACAGGGGAGUUCUGGAAAAGACUCUGUACAACAAAGUUCUGUGAAACAGGAGGAGGAGAAGGAAUAUGGUUCGAAUGUGAAGAAUGACAAACAAUUAAAAAGCAAUGAGGAGAUGGAUGUAGGUGAUGUAAAGGAUUCCGAGGUCACCAGUGAGGGAAUCUGCUUAGAGAAUCAUGCAGACAGUAAUGUAGAAAAGGGAGAAUGAUGAAUAGUACAGUAGAACUUGGUUUUAUACAGUUUAAUCUUCAACCAGUAAAUAUAUAUAAGUGCAUGAUUUUUCAUCAUGUAUUGCAGGGUGGUUUUGUUUUACCUGGUUGUGAUGACAACCAAAAUUUUUUCCUCUGUUGCCACAGUUGAUUUAUAUACUUUUUUUUUUUUUUUGCUGUAAUGUUUACUGUUUAGCCUUGAUGCAAUGAAGGAACAACAUGACGUGCUCCCCCUUACAUGUCUCCAAACAUUAUCACAUGCAUUACUAAAUGGAGUAUGAAUAAGUUUAUAAAAUACGGAUUAUUCAGACUUGAUUUUAUCAGUGGAGAUUGAUCUUUAUGAUACUUACAAGGAAGGCCGAUCUACUACUUCCAGGCAUCUCAUUGUAUGUAUAUUAAAGCCUCCCAUAUUUCACUACAUGUACAAUAUUGACGGAAAUUAUGAAAAGUGCAUUAUAGUGAUUGAAAUUUUGAUGCCAUGUCGUAGUCCUUUAGUGAAGUUUUGAUCAAAUUAAAGAUGACUUUAUUAUGACUGAUUAUCAUGUACUUAAAACCCACGAGAAUUAAUUUUCUAUGUUAGGACAAAAAAACUUUCAAAAAAUACAAACUAACAACAAAAUCGGAGGCGGUAGAAGGGGGUGAUGGAGCAUAUUUCUUUCAGUAUUGUUAUAGGGGCAUUAUAGUUUGUAUCAUUUAGAUUUUCUCAAUUAAGAAUUGUAAGCACAGAAUGUGUACUGUUAUAUAAUAAAAUCAUUUUUUGA